UAUCACUCUCACCAGCGCCAGCCUGUCUGAGACAUAAAUGUUGUUUUUUUAUUAAACCCCAUUAACUCAUAACUUAACCCUUUAAAAAUUUAAUUGCAAAAAUGUAUUCAUGAACGAAUGAACAGUGUUAAUAAACCACUGGGUCUUUACACCCAAAGCCAAUAGCCUAGAUAUUUAAAGUAUUCACUAAAAACAACAAUCGCCUGCUCGCUGAAUGCAUGUAAACGGAUGAUGCUCAGGCAGAACAUCCAAGCUUGAUUUUUUUUUUUUUAGUUUGGAAUGGAUGACGUUGCAGUUUCUGUGGUCCAGCGCGAUCCAGUUUGAAGUUCAGGUUGCAAAAGAUGCGAAACAAGCGUGACAGCAGUAGCAGUCCUCACGAGCGUGCCCGUGCAUGUGAGUGAGGAUUUACUGCGUAUCCGUGCAUUCACUUCCGCCUGUCAGUCACACCGCAGCAAAGCUCCAUAGCGGCGCUGAGCUGAAAUCAUAGCGUGUUACAGUUAUGUUUGUGAAUCACUGUUCCUGACAUAUCACGACUGAAAUGUAUUAUCGUUAAAAAAAUACUCCAAACUCCAAUACACUACCCCAACCCUAGCCUAUGUAUGCUCCAUCAGCAAUACAAUUCAAGUCUCCCUAAUUAUUAAGGUUUUUAAGAGAAUCUGCAUUUGAAAUCUUUGAAAUUACGAUCGUCAUGUUGGUUCUGUUACUCUACAAAUCAAGUGUUAGCGCCUGCGAUAGAUUGGUGACCUGUCCAGGGUGUAUUCCUGCUUCUCGCCCAAUGCGUGCUGGGAUAGGCUCCAGCACACCCUGCGACCAUGACUAGGAAUAAGCGGGUAUGGAAUGGAUGGAUGGCCUUCUGCCGGCGUGUCAGCAAAUACCGGAAAUGUUGAAAGCGUGGUCCUGAUGCUGCGACGUGCUGAGCAGAAAAUACACCAGAUGGGAUGUGUGCAUGUGAAGCAGACCUGCGCUUCCGUGACUGCGGUCUCUGUGCCGUAAUGUAGUAGCGCACUGGACUUCUAAUGCAGGGGCUUUGGGUUCGAGUACCAGCAGAGGGUUAUGGGGAAUGUUUGUAUGUGUUUAUAUCUGGGAAGUUUUCUUUUAGUUUUACGAUACAUACUUUUAAGUUUUGUAACUGUACUCGUCAUAUGUUGGAAAUCCAUCCAUAAAACAAAACCUCUAUCUCAGACAUAAUUAUUUUCAUUAGGUUGAAUGUGGAAUGUAUUCAAAAAUGAAUUAUUAUUGAAACAAGGUGCAAAUUCAUUCCAAAGGUAAGGAAAAAACUAAAAACAAUCUCUUCUGUGGAUGACUAAAUCUAUGUGUGACAGAUUAAAACGUCUCAAACUACUUAAAAAAACUUAAGAUGGGCUGCUCAGAAACUAAUAGGAUUGAAUAUGGAAUUACGUAAUGUGUGCCAAAGUUAAAAAAGAAAUAAGGGUAGCUAAAAGGUAUUUUUAAAAACCAAUUUCCCAAGAUGUAUAGAGAAAUCCAAAAAGUUUUUUUUCAGUACCGUAGAAGAAAACGGAAACUUAAGGAUGAGGUAAGGUGUUUAAAAAUAAGGACGGAGUUAUGCCGAAUAAUAAAAAAUCUAUUGCUGAUACCUAAUAGUGUUUUACUAGUGAGAAUACAAAAGGUAUGCCAAUAGGGGCAUCCUCAACACAGUGUCAUAGAUAAAUGAAAGGAAUAAAAAAACUGAGGAUCAUGUGGUAAAAAUAGCAAAAACUACAGAGUCUACAGGCCCUGAUGGGAUCUAUUUAUGGAACUAGCUAAAAUUUAUUACAGACCUCUGACAGCUAUUUUUAUUCAGUCCUUUAAUACAGGUAAAAUACCAGAUGAUUGGGAACAUGGCAGUAUAAUGCUAAUAUAUGAGAGGUUACCCUACUGACCCUGGAAAUUACAGACCUGUCAGUUUAACUUGCAUUGUAUGUAAAAUACUUGAAUCUAUCAUUAGAAACUAAUUUGUAUUAUUCCUUGAAAACAGUAGUAUUUUAAGAGAUAGCCUGCACGGGUUUCGCAAGUGGAGGUCAUGUCCAACUAACCUCUUUUUUGAGGAGGCUACGUAAUUCUACAACCUGGAUCGGGGCUUUUGAUAAAGUCCCAAAUAAGAGGCAUAUAAUAAAAAUGAAAUCAGUAGGAAUCACAGGAGUCAUAGCAAAGGUGGAGUAGAAUUGAUUGCACAGCCAAACAAAAAGUUUCAUAUCAGGAGGAAUUGCAUCUGAGCAUGGUCCAGUACAAAGUGGAGUCCCACAGGGAUCAGUACUUGGGCAUUUACUCUUCUUCAUUUAUAUAAAUGACUUUACUACAAAGAACAGUAGUAAAGUAGUAACGUUUCAUUUGCAGAUGAUACAAAAACAGGAGGCCAGGCAAAUACACUGCAAUCUACCAGGAUAAUUCAAGAAGAUCUGAACAGAAUCAAGAAGUGGACUGAAACAUGGCAGUUGUGGGUGUGAGGGCGGAGUUUGUGGAGCCAGAGCCUUCUCUCUCCCUGCGCUCCAUAGCUGAAGAACCCACUCGGCUGCCCUGCCGCUUCCAGGUGCGGCAGGAACAGGUUGUCCAGGUGAGCUGGAGCAGAGAGCGGCCAGAUGGAAGCAAGGAGCAGGUCAUCACUGCCCAUCACACUGACGGCCACACAGAGUUUGAGCGGUUCUCAGGGCGGGUGUAUUUCGAGAGUGCUGACGCCAUGGCAAAUUCUGCGCUGAUUAUCCGCAGCACUGAGGUAUCGGACGAGGGGACCUACACUUGUCACGUCUCCACCUUCCCCUCCGGCAACUUUGAGAGACAGCUGUCACUCACUGUGUGGACCACGCCCAUCUCCUCCCUGGAGCCAGUGGAGCUGGUGGAGGGGCAGUCCUUCCGCGUGGCGGCCACGUGCCGCUCAGUGGCCCGGCCGCCUCCUCGCCUCUCCUGGGACACCGAACUGACGGGCCAGUCCCACAACCGCAGCUCUGAGGUGGGGGCCGUCUCCACCUACUACUCCCUGCACCCACUGCGCAGCAUGAAUGGGAAGCAGCUGGACUGCCUCGUGUGGCACCCGUCCCUGGACAAGCCUCGCAGGAUCAGCAGCCAACUCGUAGUUCACUAUGCUCCAGACCCAACCAUCAGAGGUUAUAAUGGGAACUGGUUUUUGGGGUUGGAGAGAGUGUCACUCAGGUGUGACAGUGGAGGAAACCCCAAACCACAGAACUUCAGCUGGUCCAGGAAGGACGGGCCUUUGCCUCGGGAUGUGACUGUGCGGAACGACACGCUGCUGUUCAGCCGACCUCUUAGACUAGCAGACUCUGGCGUGUAUGAAUGUGUGGCCCAGAACAGCGUGAGUGCCAGUAAAGCUGAGCUGGACAUCACUAUCACAGAGAAACCUCGACAGGACACACCAUUCAGCAGCCUGUUGAUAAUCAUUGUAGGCGUCGUUGCUGGGGUGUUGGUACUUACCUUGGUGAUCUCAGUCCUGAUGAUAAACCGCUACCACAAAAGCAGGAACAAAAAGUUGGAGAGGGAGCUGUGUGAAAAGAAAGAGGAAAUAAGCACUCUUUCCAGACAGGCUUCAUUCAGGAGAGUAAACUCAGUCAGCGCAGACCACCGCAUGCAGAUGGAAGAGACUACUCCUCUCAGAGUUGAGGCCACUUUGCGGACCAGCCUGUCAUCUCUUGGAGACCAGCCUCGUUGUAGAGACAGUCACUCCACUCUGUCCGGGGGGCGGGGGGGCGGUGGGGGGGCAGUAGACUUCCCGGGGCGCCCUGCUUUGUACAACAGCUCCCGACGUGGGGAGCGAGCGAGGGAGCGAGAGAUGGAGGGAGAGAAAGCUGAGAGCAGACAGAGGGUAGAGUCGUAUGUUAUGAACAGCAGUUUGUCUCUGGACCGGCCUCUCCAUGCCCCCCUCCACCCUUCUGUCCCCAUGGGGGCCAGGAACCACCUCCCGUCCUACAGUCCCACUCACCCCCCCCUCCCUGCGGAGGAUGAGGAGCAGGAGGAGGAUGAGAGAGAGGGGGAACAGCAGAGUGAUAGAGAGGAGAAGAAAGCAGAGGGAGAUCAGUACAGUGAUAACAGCUCUCAGGUCUCAGAGGUGCUGAGCAGUCCUUUGCAGCAGGGGAAUGGGGCUGUGUACCCCAAACACCCCCACAACCAGCUCCACCUGCCAUCCCAAAACACCACUCUCCUGCACCACAAGGGCCAGAUGGUGUAGCCCCUCCCUCAUCUAUGAACUGUGCAUCUGCAGUGAUGCCGUGCAGCCAUGAUACUGAGGGCCUGAUCCAGCCCAACACACCCUGCGUGCUGUGUGGUCUACCUUUGGUUUGAGAGCUGUGACUUAACCACUCACCAAGGUUGACAAGACUUAUGUGUCACCAUGUUGUUCUGAUCUCCCUUCAAGUCUUUAUUAUUGUGGAGAAGGUUUACAUAUGCAAGCAAAAGCUAGUGAAUGACUUGGGGUGGUUUAUUGAAAACAGUAUUUGUUUACAGAUGACCUGUGAAACUGUGUGCUUAUCAUUUAAUGUUAGAAUAUCAUCUGAUUUAAGAAUGUGCAUCCAAACACCACGAGUGUGACCAUAGUCCUGAUUUUAACAGAAAAUAUUACAAACAAAAACAUUUUUAAAUCAUGUAUUAUACUAUUCUGUGAAAUGGAUGAUAAUUUGUUUAACUUUCCUGUGCCUUAUUUAAACCUUAAUCUUGAUUUACUGAUCAAUUAAAUCUGUUUGAUUAACAGUCAUGCAGUUUCAAUUGAGCAGUUUUCCUGGUAGUUCUUGGGAAUUUAGACUUAGGAUAUUUUUUUUAAAGUAUUUAAAAAAAUAGGUUUCUGGGAAUACACUUUUGUAUACCUAGCAAUAGCAAUUGAACAAAAACAACAACUGAAAUUGCCAAAACAGUAAGAACCAUGUUGCUUCUUGCUCUAGUGUACACCAGUGUCCUGCAGAGCAGUGUGCUCUCUGCUGGCUGUGCUUGGAACAUAACAGGUGAAAAGAGAUGCACUGUUGUGAGUGUUUUUGUGCAUGUGUGUGUUUGUCUUUGCCUGUCUGUGUGUGUGUGUGUGUGUGUGUGUGCUGCAGAGAUAUCAGUGUUUCCAUGGUGAUGGUAUAAUGUUAUGUUUGUGUUAUUUCCUUGGUUUUUGUAUGGCUGUGCUGAAAAAAAAACAUGAUACACAUCAAGAGUUUA